CCACGUGACACAAACAACGUCCGCUCCCCCUCUCCUUGCGAAAAUGGCGACGGCAAGGUCGGAAGAUGUUCUUGGAGAAAAGUGGGAUAAGUGUGUUGCUGAUACACUUAUAAAGAUGGGUGCCGGACUUGGCGUGGGAGCCGUGUUCUCCUUGCUUGUUUUUAAAAGGCGUGCAUGGCCAGUGAUUUUUGGCCUAGGCAGUGGCUUUGGAAUGGGUUACAACAACUGUCAGCAUGAAUUCAACCAGCCUGCACUCUUGAGGGCAUAUACGCUUAAGGCGAAGCAGAAGGAAGCUCCAGCGCCUGCUCCAUCCUCGAAAUAGGAUGUUACUUUAGGUUUAUAUAGCUACACAUACCUGUAAAAUUACAGCUGCUGUUUAUAUUAAAACUGUGCUCUAUUGUAUCA